AUACAUCGAAAAUUCAAAAUCAUUUAAAUCAACUCUAAUUUACAUUCGUUUCAAUUUGUCUGCUUAAUAUUUCUGACUGGGCAAAUUAAAUUUUACAUUUUUUAUAACAUUUUCUUGUUUUCGAAUCAUGAAUCAUAAUAAGGCUUAAACUGAGCAUUUCUAUUGGAUUCUCAUUAUGUUAGCUGCGUUACGCUCCAGCAGCAACCGGUUUUGAGCAUCAUCGCCGUUUCUUCUUUGAACAGGUAGAUUUAUUCUAAUUAUGUGUGGCACGUACAGGUGUUUGGCUACUGUUCAGUCGGGCUCUAUAGAAUAGAAAAUCGAAGCAGAACAAUUUUGAAAAUUAUUUGCCAUUUUAGAACAUGGAUCCCAUAGAAUACACCGUGAUUGAAAGUAUACCAAUAACCCCACUGGUGUUCCCCAACAAUACCAGCGAGCAAGGGAAGCUCCCAUAUGAAGUGGACAUCAAAGAAGUCAUACGAAACAACAUAGUUUUCAAAGUUCAUUCACUGGUUUACACAUGUAGUGAUUGCGAUCGUAAAUUUAACAACACCGGUAAUUUUGAGCGCCACGUGCAAACUCACCGAAACCGCCAACAAUCGUUUCCUUGCGAUGGAUGCCACAAACAUUUUUCCUCAUACGAGAAGUAUCUACAACACCGGGAGAGUCACAACAACAUGACAUGUGCCAAAUGCCAGGAGACGUUCAAAACUGCAUCUCAUCUUGCGCUGCAUAGGCGAAAACAUCACACACAGGACCGUCCUUUUAGGUGUAGUAAGUGUGACAAAAGCUUCCAAACCGUUUGGAAUCUCAAGCAACAUGAUCGAUCACACCAGGCCGCAGCUCACUGUUGCGAAUUUUGCCCUAAGGCUUACAAACGAAAAGAGGACCUACUGAAGCAUUAUGAAACUCAUUAAAUUAUGAGAGAGGGUGAUCGUAAUCUGCUAAGUAUACAUUUAGAAACUUCAACAACUGUGGAAACAUAGGGGCUUUCGGAUGACAUCUACGUUUUAGCAUAGCAAUUCAUCUUGUACCGACUUUUCGAACCCUCUAAGCAGAAUACCCUCUUUGAAUGAGUGUAAACAGUUUCGUACUUUUUAAUUCCACCCUAUUUUGCUUAUCCUUUGACAGAUACGCGUAAUUCGACUACCACUUGUAAUCUUCUCAGUGUCAGUUAUCCAGUGGAUAACGCGUAUCUGUCAAAGGUUAAGCAAAAUAGGGCGGAAUUAAAAGGUACGAAACUGAUUACACGCAUUCGAAUAGCAAUUCAAAUUUGUAGGAAAAUUUGUAUGGGAACCUAAUUUGUUAAGGCGAAUGAGGAAAUUAGAACAAAAAUAUUACUGUUAAUGACCAAAAACGUAGUGAAUUAUCAUGUACUUACCGUUUCAAUCCAAGAAAUAACAAAUAAUAAAUUAACCAUUACAACUCAAUUAGUCAGUCAUACUAACUUUUUUUCGUUUUCAUUCCCCGAGCAGAGGUCAAGUACUGCCGAUCAAAAUGUGAUAUUGGUUUGUUUGAGGUAAGAGGUAAAAGUACUGGAAAUAAUAGCAAAAAUUUACUCUUGAACCAUCUAACCAAUAGCAAAGUUUGAUAUUUAAAGAUCAAUCAAAUAGCUCACUGCUAUUGGUUAGAUCUUACCAAGAGCUAAAUGUGCUAUGAUGAUGAUGUUCCAAGAGUAAAAUUGAGAUAUUAUUUUCAGUACUUUUACCUAUUAUCUCAAACAAACAAAUAUCACUUUUUGAUCUCCGUAUCAAAAUAUGCUAUUAUUGAGCUAUUUUACUCUGCUCGGGUCAUUUCCGUCUAUAAACUGUUCCAGAGCUAAAAG